UUAAAGUUGGAACAUCGUGAACGUACAAUCCUGUGCUCAUCAUGACCGGAAGAGGAAAGGGAGGAAAAGGUCUGGGUAAAGGAGGAGCCAAGCGUCACCGAAAAGUGCUGCGGGAUAACAUCCAGGGCAUUACCAAGCCCGCCAUCCGCCGUUUGGCUCGGCGCGGAGGAGUGAAACGUAUCUCCGGUCUCAUCUACGAGGAAACCCGUGGCGUCCUGAAAGUAUUUCUGGAGAAUGUGAUUCGUGAUGCGGUCACUUACACUGAACACGCCAAGCGUAAGACCGUCACCGCUAUGGAUGUGGUGUAUGCUCUGAAGCGUCAGGGCCGCACUCUGUACGGUUUUGGAGGUUAA